GUCCGGUAACCACUGCUUCCUGCAUCGCCAUGUCCUCCCAAUCGAGUAUGUAUGUACUCCAAAUUGUUAAUUUCUUUCGAUAACCUGAAGCAUUUUCUUUUUCAUUUUUCCUAAAUAAUAUUCUGUACUGAAAAAUUUAUCUACCGUAGAUGUUUUGGAAAUGAAUGCGUUUGAUACAAUUCGACAGAAAUUAUACUCUGUUGCUGAUAUAGAUAAUAGUGAUAGUUACUUCUUGGUAAUGUCGUAUAGGCUCGUUUGAUACAAACUGUCAUAAUCACGUGAAAUUUAGGCGAAACAGUGCAUAAUAAGAUAUCACUCGUGUAUAAUAUACGUAACUCGAUGUACCACGACUUUUUUUUUUGGUUAGUUUCGUUUGAAAGUACAUACAUGAGAUAGUGUCUUGUAACAUAGCAAUUCACCGAUUGCUAUUUAAAUGUUGAAGUUGUAAUCAGAGCGAAGGAAAACAUCGAAGGUGAUGUCAACGAAAAAGUGACGGUCGAUAAAAACCGACGGGUAAUGUCAAAUCGCACGAUGUGAAAAUUGACAAGUAACAAGGUCUACGCCUAGUUUUCGUGUACCUCUUCGUGGAUUUUUUGACUUUCACUAUGAGUGAUGGGCCAUCAUCGGAAAACGUGGCGGAAAAUAACGCCUCCAUGGCGAACAACGGGGGGGAAUUAUGCUCGCAGAGUUCCAUUGACAAACGUAUUAAAGAUAUGAGUCUGUCUAUCGUGAGUAACAUAACCAAGAAGAUCAGAUUGAAGCUACCGAAUGCCGCUUCCUACCUGAAACGUUUGAUAAGAUUGAAAAAUGGAGGAAAACUCGAAUCUGAGAGGGAAAUGAUCGAUGGCGCUUCUGAAGUAUCCGAAAUCACGGAAAUGUCGAUCAAUGAACAGGAUAUACCGGCAGACAGGGAUUCGGUCGACUGGCCGGAAAGUCAUGUGGUCGAAACAAGGUGGUACGAAACUCCCAGUGACCCUUCGAAUCCUGAAGGACCUUCCACCUCCACCGUGCACACGGACGACAAUACAAGCGAAUACCCGGCGGUCGCUACAGUAGCACAAACUCAACCUGUUCAAACGAUUUCAAAUUCUGUGACCACCACCGAAGCGAUGACUACAAAUGGAGUUUUUGUGAGUGUACUGAACCGCGACGCUGCCGCGGCGAGGAACAUUUUGCAGUUUAGGGAAGCCUUGUCUUCGCAGAUCGGAUCGCAAGCGGAAAGGCUUAGAGAUCAAGAGACUCGAAGCGUUCCGUUGGUCUAUAUUCAGAGUGAAGAUCGUCACGAGCUUUAUCUGCAGAGCACCGUAAACGGUGAAAGUGGAUUUAGUGGAUCGAGUACGAUCGGGAGUGAAAUUAGUAGCAUGUCGGGAAACGAUCAUCUGGAAGUACGUAAUCAGAGAAUAGGACAGGACGUAACGCCGCAGUUUUUCAGCGGCAUGUUAAGUGUAGACAGGGUAAUACGCAAGCCAAUUUGCCGCAACGAUGAUGAACCAACUAUAUACUAACAUUUGCUGUUGAAACCGUAAUUCUCAAUUUGAUAGACUUAAUAAAGAAACAAUCUUUUCUUUUUUUAGU